AUGUACUCAGAAGAAAGCAAAGAGAUCAAGGAUAAAAUUGAGAGGAAAUAUAGAAAGGCAAAGGCAAGAUAUACAAAAGCACACCUACAUCAGAAGUCUGGGAAAUUACCAAAGAUUGACAAUGCAAUGAAGAUCAAAGCUAUCUAUGAGGUUGGCCCAAUGCUUGAUUGUAUCCUUAGAUAUCUUACAUAUGCCACUGGUGGGUGGAAGUUUUUGAUUCUGAUGGGGAGUAACAAUCCCAGCAUGGGGGAAGUGUCUGUGUUCAAGCAACUCAAAAGUGGGGCACAGUUUGAUCAGCGGUAUGGCAACUUUGAUGCAAUACAGGUUGCAUUCCUAGCUUUUGUAAAAGAUGCUCUGUACUCAGGUAGUGAGGAAGACAAGGAGGAUUCAUUGCCUGACUCAUCAAAUGAUGACUCAGACACAGGGCAGUCAGAGAGUGGUUCUGAGUCAUUCAUUGAAGAUGCAUCAGAUGCAGCACUAACAUCAACUAAUGCAUUAUUUGAUGCAUCACCUGAUCUUCAACUCACUGUGGCCAAUUAUUCCCACUCUGAUGUCAUGUUCAAUUACUGUACAUUCAGCAAUCCAAUUUUGGACUUAAGCAUACUCAACCCUCUAGGAAACUUGCCUGGCUUUAUCACUCCUUCAUUGAUCACAAUCAACCACUUCCUAUUUCCUUAUGUAGAUUUUGAGGGUACUGGGCCAACAAACAAAGAAGCACCAGCUGCCCAACCUGAAAAGAAAACUUAUCAUGCAAAGUGCACUCAACAUGACAUAGUGCUUGAUCCCUCAGUAUUAUCAGACCACUUUCAGUCAGUCCCAGACUCAUCUCACUGGGUGCAUAAACCUUUCAAUUUAAGAGAAUAUGACAAUGACAUUGGUGCAUCCCAGAAGAGGGCUUAA